CUCUCUCUGUCUCUCUCUCUUUCUUCUAUCUCUCUAUGUCUCUCUUUCUGUCUCUCUCUCUCUUUCUUCUAUAUCUCCCUGUCUCCCACACAGGUGAUAUUCUCAGUGUCUGACUCACCCUACUCUUCUGACCCAGCUAAUCUCCCACUCUAGGUGGAGGAGAGGGGAGGCGACAGGGAGAGAGACAUGGGGACAGAGAGAGAGAGAGGGAAAACACUGGGAAGAGAGGCAGACGAAUAAAGAAUGAAGGAAUAACGGAAAGAAGGGAGAGAGGGAGAGUGAGGGAGAGAGAGAGGGAGGGAAACAACAGAGGAACAGACAAGAUAAAGAGAGAUGAAGAAUAAUCGAUAACGGGAACGGUUUUUGGACAACCUGCGAGAAAGAAAAGAAAGAGGAGGAGCAUAAGGAGACGGAGAGAGAGAGAGGACUACAGACUACAGUCUGAAGUAGAUCAUGGUAGAUUUGUUCCUAGGUCAUUCACUAGUAUGUAACAACAGGGAUCGUGUUGAGUACGAUACGGAACGAGAAGUCAUGCUUCGUCUCCAGAACCGGAUCCUGCUCCUGUUCUUUGGUUCCGCAGACUGCCAACGGUGCCAGGAGUUCAUCCCCACACUUAAGGACUUCUUCAAGCGUCUAACUGAUGAGUUCUACGUGGAACGCUCCGCCCAGUUGGUCCUUCUGUACAUCAGCCUGGACCAAUCAGAGGAACAGCUGGAGCACUUCCUCAAAGAGCUGCCCAAGAAAUGCCUGUUCCUAACCCACGAUGACCCCUAUCGCAGAGAGCUGGAGUCUAUGUUUGAGGUGGAGGAUGUACCGAGGGUGGUGGUUCUGCGUCCAGACUGUUCUGUUCUAUCUCCCAACGCUGUCUCUGAGAUAAGCAGCCUCGGAACCGACUGCUUCCACAACUGGCAGGAAUCAGCUGAGCUUAUCGACAGGAACUUCAUGCUGAACGAGGAGUUUGAUGACAAAAAGAUGCGGAGCGUCACCGACCCGAUACGCCGCCUCAAAUACAAGGUGAAGAAGAAGAAGAAGAAGAGGAGCUGGUGGGGGUGGGGGGGUGGUGGAGCCGGAGAGGACGAGGGAGAGGAGGAGGAGGACGAGGAGGAGGAGGAAAGAGGAGAGAAAGAAGGAUGAGAAGCAGAAUGGAGGAGAAGGAAGAGAAGGAGGUAGAGGAGGAGUAGGAGGAUGAUGAAGAGGAGGUAGAGGGUGGUCCUGGGGUUGAGAUGUGUAUAAUAUUGUGCGUUUGUAUAUAACGUGUGUAUAUAAAGGGGAAGAGGAAGAAUGAGAAAAGAAGUUGGGAAUCCACUCCUCUUAAGCACAGGCCAAUCAUGUGAAUUAUCUCCAAUGACUGGUUGGUUCUGUCAAGACAGACCUCUUGAUUGGUUGAUUGUCGCUUCUGUUAAUGACUGGAUUGCUGAUGCUGCCAAGACAAUUGUUGUGUCCCAAGUGGCACCCUAUUCCCUUCAUAGUGCACUAUUUAUGAUCAGGGCCCAUAGAGCUCUGGUCAAAAGUAGUGCACUAUGUAGGAAUGUAGUGUGACAUUCGGGACUCUACCCAAAAAUGGGUUGUAGUGAUAUAAAGCUUUUCAUUAGGCCUCAAAACACUGAUGCUAAUGCUAAUGCUAACUAAUGAUUAACAAUCACUGAAUAAUAUGAACUGCUGCUAACUAGCCAUUAGCAAUGCCAAUUGCAAACUCCCUCAAAACUGGAGAUAUCUGUGGCACUGUAGAGCGAGAGAGAGCACAAGGUGCCCCUGUGUAAUGGUCAUGCUGUUUAGCUUCUUGUUAUGCCACCCCUGUCAGGUGGAUGGAUUAUCUUGGCAAAUGAGAAAUACUCACUAACACGAACAUAAACAAAUUUGUGCAUAUUUUUGUUGAGAAAUACGAUUAUUGUGCAUAUGGAACAUUUCUGGGAUUUUUUGUUGUUGCAUGAAACAUGGGACCAAAACUUUGCAUGUUGCGUUUAUAUUUUUGUUCAGUGGCAAUGGUUGAUGAUAACUGAUGCUAUUUGAUGCUAACUAGUGAUUAGCAAUGACUGGAUAAUAUGAACUGAUGCUAUUUGAUGUUAACUAACCAUUAGCAAUAGGUGGCCAAUAUGACCUUAAUUAAUAAUUGACGCUAACUAUGGAUUGGAAAUCGUUGAAUAAUAUGAACUGAUGCUAACCAGAAAUUAGCAAUGGCUGUAUAAUAUAAAAUGUUGCUAAUAUCAGUGGUUGGAUAAUAUUGGCACUAAUUACUGUCCAUAGUGUUGUGGUGUGACGGUGCCAGAACAGAAGACUGCUUCUGUAGGUCACCUCAAUGCUUUACACUGAGCAUUAACAACUGAUUGUUAUGUACAUUUGUAUUGUGUAUAUAAUUUAUGUUGAUAUAUUCAUAUUAAAACAGAUAUCAACGCUACAUUGUCAGUAAAGGACUUGGUUCUUCAUCAUUCAUCUGGAUGAUGAUGAUGAUGACUAUGUUGUUGU